AUGUUCACGGCUUCCAAUCCAAAAUAUGCGAACAAAAUCGAAGAAGAGCUAGCCAUCAAGAGGCAGCGUUCUGCGGAUAGUGAGGCCUCAGGGCCAUCAAAAAAGCAGAAGCGCAGGCACGAGACGGCUAAACCGAAAAACGGUGACGAAAGACCUACGACGUCGAAAGCAGCGGCAGCGGCCAGUGAAAUUGCCAAGAGACACCUCAUAGUGGCACUCACUGACCGUAGCGACCAGCUGGGGCGAAUGUCGCAGGAACGGUGGAAGGUAGAGGAAAUGACGCUACUGGAAACCUUGUUUACAAAAAUGGACGCAGAGCCGUACGCACCCAUGCCAGCAUUCGACGAAGCAGGGUGGUUCAGCGGCGUCAAAAUCAUAAAAUGCAAGGAUGACCCCAGGCUCACAUGGCCAAAGGAAGCGGUAAAAACGCUUCACGGCCUGUGGGAGGGGGCAUCACUGGAAAUUGUUGAUCGCAGCUGCAUUCCCUCAAUACCGAAGGCAAAGGUUUUCAUUCCACGAGUGGUAAAACCGGAAUAUGCGCUACGACUACUACAACGACAAAACAUGGACGUGCCGACAGACGAUUGGAAAGUGUUGAGUGUGGCAAAACCAGCAAUUGCUGAUGGUGGCCAGGACUACACCAUCCAAAUCAACAAGCCGGCAGAGGACCUGCUUUAA